AUGGCUCUAGUCGGGUCAUCCAAGGGUGUGGCACACGCUAUGACAGCGGUCGCAGCACUACAUGCUAUACACGGUUCAACUGGCUCACCCAUCAUGCUAGCCCACGCUCUACAGGAAAAUCACAUCCAAAUCAACGAUAUAAGACUCAAUCCAUUCCAGUCACAACUACUUCAUCACUGUAUACAUCAUAAACAGAAAGCUCUGGAAUUUCUUUCGACCGCUUUACAAGAUCCCGACCAGAAAAACAAGUUACAGACUUUUGGGAUUGCUAUUGUUCUCGCUCUUUUGGAAUGCUUUGAGACGGGCGCGGGAUCAUGGGCUAUUCACCUGGAAGGUGCAAAGAAACUGCUUGAAGCUGGCAUCCAGAACAGUCCUGCUCUGGAAGGGCUUGUGGACGAGUUGAUGCUGUUUGAGAUAUUUGGUUCUACAUUCGUACCACCCGGCGUUGUAUCCACGUCAGUGACAACACGAACACUAUCGAUAACGGCAUCUGACACACGCCUGGUAUUCGGCAACAGUUUUGUUUGCCCUGUAGCGAUACUCCAAUCAAUUACCUUGGCGACGGCAAUGUCAAGAACGGCGCGACAGGCCAUGUCCGACUUAUCAGCCACUUUUGAAGGUAUAUUGGCGAUCGGCGAACUGAAGUCUGUUCUUGUCAAGAUCCAACAGUUCAGUUGCCUGGAGUGGGUCGAAGAGGUAAAACCGACCGCGAAAUAUUUGGAAACCGUGUCCAAUCAUCUUGUUGUCCAGAUGUGUCUUAUCUGGAAGCUAUCUGCAGAGAUAUACAUCUCCCGCCUUCUAUACAGCCUCACUCGAGAUACGCAGUACCUCUCACCCAUUACUGACGAUCUAAUCACCGCUUUUGUACCUAUUAAGAGCACGGUUUAUCUAAAGUUUCUGACAUGGCCUGUUGUCGUUGCCGGGCUUUCGAGCACGACACAUAGUCAUCGAGCAUGGACCUUGUCGACUCUGGACGAGAUAUGGCGUUUGACACUUGUAGCAAGUGCCAAGGGUGCACGAGAGGUUCUUCUUACACUUUGGGCGAUGAGAGAUUCGCGAAUAAAUAAUGAGGGUGAUGGCUAUAGGGAAGAUUGGGAUUGGCUGUGUGAUAUAGCGGCUCUUAAGAACCAUUGGCUACUUUUUUAA